UUGCUGCUGCUAUUGCUGCUGCUGCCGCCGCCUGAGACGCAGGCCUGGGAAGGAAGCAGUCGCCGCUCGCGGAGCUCCGCUCGGAAGCAUCUUAGCCCCCGGGAAUUACCAUGGAUAAAAGUGAGCUGGUACAGAAAGCCAAACUGGCCGAGCAGGCCGAGCGCUAUGAUGAUAUGGCUGCAGCCAUGAAGGCGGUUACAGAACAAGGGCAUGAGCUGUCCAAUGAAGAGAGAAAUCUGCUCUCUGUUGCCUACAAGAACGUGGUAGGCGCCCGCCGUUCUUCCUGGCGAGUCAUUUCCAGCAUUGAACAGAAGACUGAGAGGAACGAGAAGAAGCAGCAGAUGGGCAAAGAGUACCGUGAAAAGAUCGAGGCGGAGCUGCAGGACAUCUGCAAUGAUGUUCUGGAACUGUUGGAUAAAUACCUUAUUCUCAAUGCUACACAACCAGAAAGUAAAGUGUUCUACUUGAAAAUGAAAGGAGAUUAUUUUAGAUAUCUUUCUGAGGUGGCAUCUGGAGAUAAUAAGCAAACCACCGUGUCGAACUCCCAGCAGGCUUACCAGGAGGCAUUUGAAAUUAGUAAGAAGGAAAUGCAGCCCACACACCCAAUUCGACUUGGGCUGGCGCUCAACUUCUCAGUCUUUUAUUAUGAGAUCCUCAACUCUCCUGAAAAGGCUUGCAGCUUGGCAAAAACGGCAUUUGAUGAAGCCAUUGCCGAGCUGGAUACACUGAAUGAAGAGUCAUACAAAGACAGCACCCUGAUCAUGCAGCUGCUCAGGGACAAUCUCACUCUGUGGACGUCGGAAAAUCAGGGAGAUGAAGGAGAUGCUGGGGAGGGAGAGAACUAGUGUGUGUCGUGCUGUGUGAUCUGCUCAGUGUCACUCUACCCCCCACAUACAUCCCCUUGUGCGAUCAAAGAAGAAAUCGUACGUCGACUUCGAUUUUCACAGCCUCAGCCUAGCGGAAAUGGUCUAUGGGAUAAACAACUGAUAUUUGUAUCUUAAAAUCCAGAUCGGUCACAUAAAUGCCACGGCAUUCUGAAGUUUUGAUUUUGAUUAACAUUGACAGGAUUACUGUGUGUUUAAUUUUUAAAAACUGAACACUGUGAUUAUGGGGCUUUGUAAUUUAGCAGAACUCUUACUGGUAGAAAAAAAAAUAGACCUGAAUUAUGCAUAACUUUUUGGAGAGUUGAAUCUGAUACAAAAUGAUCACAAACACAAUUCCAUUGUAAAGUUGUACAGAAAGUUGUAGAAAUUUAUUGUGAUGCCAGAACCUGGCUGGAGACACCCACCAUUUGGCAUUCAAAUUUGAUGGUAAUUCACAGUAAUUCUGCCUGUUCAGGGUUUAUAGACACUUGACUGGUUUGGUCUCAAAAGUUCAUGACCACAAAUAUCUACAGUGUCAUCCUCUGAGGAAACUCAAAGCCUGGAAUUGGAAUUCUUUGUGGCAAAUAACUGGGUUGUGACAUUGCAGAGGGUCCAGUACUCCUAUGACUAAACCCAUUUUUCUACAGCAAUAUGUUACCAAUUUGUCAUUUAGAAAAAUGGUGGAAUCUGUUUUCCUUGUAACCACUUAGCUAAAUAAGAAGAAAAAAAAAGCCGUGUAUCCUAUGGAUGGCCUUACCUGUUCCCUGGAUGAUACGAUUAGGAAUACUGUUCUGUAGAGAUUGCCUUUCCCUGGAAGAGGCCUCAGUCCGUGGGGUCUUCCCAGUUGGGGGCUCACUUAAAUGUUGAAAUCGAAACACUCUUUCCCCUACCUCUCUUGACUGCUGACCUUGCUAUUCUCCCUCUUUAACUUCCGUCCUUCUGCUUCCUUUUACAUUCUUUCUGAGUUCUAUUUUUUUUUUCAUUUCUGUUCACUUCUUAAUACCAAAUGAGCAGAGGGUGAGAGGUGAUGGUGAGCCAAGCCUUGCUCCGAGGAGCUUCCGGCACCACAGCCCUGUCUUCCUCCAUUCCCAGCAUGACUCCAUUUCUCAGUCAUAUCAAGCUAUGAAUCCACAAAGUAUUUUUCAGUGUCCAUGACUUCUCCCCGAAUUGCAACCAGCUCUGAUAACGCUUGGUAGUUCCUGUCUGCACCUCUGACUCGGUCCUCAGACAGGUUUGAACAAAGACCCACUUGGUAGUACAGGGAAGUUGCAUGGACGCUGCAUUGGGGAGGCCAGAGGAGCCAGGCUCUGCAGUCUCACAGCACCCCCCAUCCACCUGUGACAUUCCACAUAGCUCUAGGUCCUUCUGUUUGUCCAUCUGCUGGAAUCAGAAAAGAAACUCAUGCACUGAUUAAAACAAACCAAAAAAAAAAAAAAAAUUUCUCUCCUUUCCAGCUGAACAAAAAUGUGCAGUUAAUACUUUGGCGCUUGAAAAUGCAGUAGUGAAUGUGGAACCAAGCCUGUCUGUAUAUCUGGUAGCUCUUUCUUGCUUUGAUUUUUUUUUUUCCUUACCAGUAUUCUGCCUAAUGUUUGCUUCUGUGAUGGUUAUAUUGCCUAGCAAGCACACCUGUGGUUGUGAAAAUAGUAUAGCAAAAAGAAAAAAGAAAACUCCCCAAUUAUUGAUGUACUAGAUUUGUGUUUGUCUCUUAAACAGUUCUAGUUUCACCUCACAUGGAAUAAUCAGGAAAAGUGUAAAAAUUCAAAAGUGAAAUAAAAAAUUUUAUCAGUU